AUGAGGUACCUCGAAUGGUUCUCUCCCGGCCGAGCCACACGCACCGCCGUUGCCGUAACCUGCGGCCAAGCCUUCUUUCUCUUUGGCUACGACCAAGGCGUGUUCGGUGGACUGAUCACUAAUCCCGAUUUCUUGAAUAUCUUCGGCCACCCGGCACCAGGACUGAUGGGCAUCAUUGUAUCGAUAUACAACCUGGGAUGUCUGUUCGGGUGCAUCUUGAAUUUCUUCGUCGCCGAUCCGAUAGGCAGACGCAAGGCGAUUUUGGUCGCAAUGUUCUUCAUUAGUGUGGGCGCAGUGAUUCAAUGCUCGAGUUAUUCGAGGGCACAAUUGAUGGUGGGGAGAUUCAUUACUGGAUUGGGUGUUGGAAUUGACAGCAGCACCGUGCCAAUGUACCAGGUGGAGCUUUGUAAAGGUGACAAUCGAGGCCGGUUGGUGUCAACGGAGGUUAUUUUCAUCGCUCUAGGCAUCAGCUUCGCGUACUUCUUCGACUUUGGACUGAGCUACGGCUCUGGACCGUUCGUUUGGCGUUUUCCAAUCGCGUUCCAAAUUGUGCUCGCUCUACCAAUCGCAGCCAUCAUCCUGGCCUUACCUGAGACCCCUCGCUGGCUUGUACAACAGGGCAAUCUCGAUGAAGCAAGGAGCGUGAUCCAACGAGUGUACGGAUUGAGCGAAACGGCAGCACAGGUGGAUGGUCAACUCAAGGAAAUUGUCGAUGCAGUCGAGCUCGAGCGGUCUACUGAGUUCAAAUGGUCUGCCAUAUUCCGACGGGGCGAUCCUCUGCAGACUGGCUAUCGUGUGUUCCUAGCGUGUCUCAUCCUUCUCAUGAAUCAGUGGAGCGGCAUCAAUGUGGUGGUGUUCUAUGCCGCGGUUAUUUUGGAGGAUUCCGUCGGUCUCGAGCACAAGACCGCAAUUGUGACGGCUGGCUGCGUCAAUUUGGCAUUUGCCGCCGGGUGCAUCGGGCCCAUCUUAGGUCUUGAUAAGAUCGGUCGCCGACCGCUGUUGAUGAUCGGAACAGCCGGUCAAGCCGUAUCGAUGGCGCUGAUUGCCGCAUUGCUGUCUUUCAAAGGAACGAACAAGGAGCACGCCACGGCGACUGCUUCAGUGGCGUUCUUCAUUACGUACAUGUUGUCUUUUGGCAGCUCGCUGUUUCCCAUCCCAUGGCUCUACGCGGCGGAGAUUCUACCGCUACAAGUGCGUGCGAAAGGUACCGCCCUUGCCGUUAUGAACAACUGGGUUUGGGUCUUCACGAUCGUUAUGAUCACCCCAACACUGGUGCACAAUAUCCAAUGGAAGACGUACCUUGUUUUUAUGUCAACAAAUUUUGCAUUCCUUCCGUUGAUCUACUUCCUAUUUCCAGAAACCAAAGGUUUGACUUUGGAAGAAAUCGAUUACAUCUUCUUGAAGCGGGACCGACUUCAAGAUGAUCACUCGGACAAUCAGUCUCCUGGAGAUCUGACUCAACAGGAGGAAAAGAAAGCAGAGUAUGUAGAAAACGUGGUCGCUAGUGAGACAUAA